AGUCGAGCUCGAGUGUUGGUGGCGCAGAAGAUGAUCACCACAACAUGAUGAAAGCAACUUCUUCUACGACCAUAACGUCAUCUUUCGGACCUCCAAUUUCUUCUUUCCAACAGAUCAAAAGGCGGUAUGUGGUUGGAUAUUUGCUGGCGAUGUUCGCAGACUGGCUCCAGG